AUGAAGUCACAACCUCGAGCAAGAUUUUCAGGUGUAAAUACGUACAAGAACAGUACUUACCAAUCAAAAAAAAAGAUUCAGGAAAAUAUUGGCAGUGGUGUAAAUAAAAAGAAUGUCAUUGGUGGAGAUAAAUUUGCAGACUACUACAAGGACAUAGAUUUUGCCAAGCUGGAUUGUAGUGACGAUGAUGUAAAAAUUACUUAUCCAGAAAUUGAAAUUGUCCCUGAUUUCAGCAGUUCUGACAGUGAAACAUGUUCCAUUUUGAAUGGUAGUAAUGAAGAAACAACUUUUCCAUUAAAAAUUAAUUUUAGAAAUGACAAAACUGAAACACUGACAAAAGUAUUGGAGAAGUUCAUGAAAGUUGAUCUUGAAGAAAUAGAAACUCUAGCAUCGACAAAGGUGUGUCAAGUUGCUGAACAUACGCAGACCAUUAGGGAAGUCAGCUGUUGUGAACAAGUUUCAGUGAAAAAUGAUUCUGGUUUGGAGAUUGAUGAGGAUUUAGACAUUGUGAAUACUGAUAGUGAACAGGAAACAAUUGAAGCCGAGUCUAAAAAACUGCAGAAAAAAAGUCCUUACAAAAAACCGUAUAGAAUGUGCAUUUAUUGUUCUAUAAUGUCUUCAAAAUUGAGCAGACACAUUAAAAAAUGUCAUAAGGAAAAUGAAAGAGUGAAAAAUGCACUAAAGAUGACUAAGGUGAAGCAAAUUGAGGAAUGGAAAAAAAUUAAAAGGGAAGGAAUUUUAAUGUACAACAAGUUACAAGCUACCACAGAAAAUCCUAUUUUCCAAGGAGAACGUCAAAGAAAGAAAUACUUGGAAUUGCAACGUUGUAAUUUAUGCUUUGCUUUUAUCUCUAAGCGUUUCUUUGCCAGCCACAAAAGAACGUGCAUGAGAAGACAAGAUGCUGUCCCAACAGGCUUGCCAUUGUCACUGGAAUUCCUUCCAAUGUCACUCCAAAUGUCGGAUCAAUUCAAGGAAGUCAUUUUGGCCAAGCUUAGAGAUGAUCCCGUAGGAAAUAUAUGUCGCAAAGAUGAAAUGAUAUUACGAAUUGGAAUGAAGUUGUUUGCAAAGCUUGUAGUCAAAAAAGAAAAAGCAGCCACCGUGAAUAAAUCUGUUAGGGGUCAUAUGCGAGUGUUAGGUAGCCUGUACCAAUCUUUUAAGAGGAUGAAUGGCGUUUGUCAUGAUCAUGGUAAUUUGUUAGAUAUGUUUGUGCGAAAGAAUUUUACGUGUUUUACUGAUGCCAUUGACGCUGUUACUUUGAAUGUUGAUCGUAGUCUUAAGCCAGGACUACGCCAGAAUGUUUUUUACAUCAUCAACAAAAGUGUAAAAAUAUUGUAUGCUCAUCAAUAUAUGUUAGCUAACGAAGAGGAGGCCAGUGAAAUCGAAAAAUUUAUGGUAUGCUAUAAAGCCAACGAGGAUUGCAUGGUUUCCUCUGCACGAUACAAGCUUGAAAAAAAAAGGCUAGUUAAAAUAAGAAAACCAUGUCAGUUGCCUUUGGAAAGCGACAUUGAGAAAAUACAUCAACAUAUUCUCAAGAGAAUGGGUGAACUACUGUGUGUUUUUGAGUUAUGGACUGCUCACUCUUUUGUUGAACUGAGGAACUUAGUACUCACACGACUAACAUUAUUGAAUGGGCGCCGUGGUGGGGAAACAAGUCGCCUCCUAGUAAAAGAUUGGUUAGAAGCAGAAAGCGAUAACUGGAUUGAUCAACAACGUCUUCAGAGUUUGAAUGAAGCUGACAAACUAUUAGUGAGUUCACUAAAAAUAACCUACAUGACGGGUAAAGGAAAUCAUCAUUUGGUGUCUGUUUUAUUUCCAAACGACACUACUUCUGCUAUGAAAAGGUUAGUUGAUCCAAAAUUUAGAUUCAAGGCUGGUAUCGAUAAAAAUAAUGAUUUUGUGUUUGCCAGCACACAGCUGUCAUCUUUAAAUGUGUCUGGCUGGCAUGCAUUGAAAGAAGUCUGUAAGAAACUAGAACUUACCAAUGUGGAAAUUAUAAAUGCAACCACUAAUAGACACCGCGUCAGCACUUUAUAUGCUGCGUUGGACCUGCCACAACAGGAAAGACAACUGUUCUACGCCCAUAUGGGUCAUUCUGAAAGCAUGAAUAAAGAUAUUUAUCAAGCCCCAUUAGCUUUAAUGGGAGUCACAAAGAUUGGAAAACAAUUAAUAAAUCUCCAUGCAAGCGAUAACGGUCAUAUUGAAGAAACUGAUAAAAGUUUAAAAACAUUUAAAGACAAAACUCAUACAGAAGACAAGAAAUUGGCAACUAACUAUGCAGUGACAAGUACUCCCGUAAGAACAUCAGCUGAAGCGACAAAGACAAAAAGAUCAGUGGGGAAAAGAGUGAUGAUGCUGUCGAGCAGUUUAUCGGAUGAAGAAGCUAUUGAAUCAAAAAAUGGACCAGUUGAAGCUAGGAAGUAUCCUUUGCGUGGCAGAUCAAAAAAAAGAAAAAAGUACGUUAAAAUUACUGAUGCCCAAAUUAGAGAUGAUUCAUGUGAUCCUACUUCCUAUGAAGAUAAAGAAGAGAAUGAGAGAUUGAAAUGCAAACCUGUCAAAUCCAGUGUCAAGUGGACUUCGGAAUUAAAUAAAGUGUUCUUCGAAAAAUUUGGUUGUUACGUGCGUCGCACCAAUGAUCGACCAUUUCCAGGUCGACUGGAAAUGGAAAAUUUUGCAAAAAGUUACUUUGAAUCAGCCAAUUUUGCCUUCGCUGUGCGAACAAAAAUAAACAACGAGCGGAAAAAGUUCGAUGACAUAAAGAAUAAAAGGUUGAAAGAAAUUGGACUAACUAGUUAAUCAUGCAGUUAUUUUUGCUUUACUAAUUUUUUGUUUGGAUAUACUGACUUUAGCUAACUUGUGAAGUUGUCGCUUUGAAUUACCUACUUUCUAGUCAUUUUGGUGUCUAUUUACAUUCCUGCGUUCUGUACAAGUAUUACGCACAAAUGAGUUAGUGUGGAUUUUUUUCCUUUUUUUUUAAGUUAUGAAUCGAUCCAUUUAUUCUUUGCAAUUUAUUUGUGAUUUUAUGUUCAGAAAGAAAAAUUAGUCCACA